AUGGUCGUGUCAGGUAAAAAGCACAGACUCGCCAUUAUUGAAUGCGGGUGUGACAUUAACAUGAUGGUUGAUCUGGCUAAAGCAGCAGAUCUGGUACUGAUGCUUAUAGAUGCCAGCUUUGGGUUUGAAAUGGAAAUGUUUAAGUUUCUAAACAUCUGUCAAGUACAUGGGUUUCCUAAAAUUAUGGGAGUUCUCACCCACCUCGACUCCUUCAAGCAUAAUAAGAAACGGAAGAAGAUAAAGAAGCGAUUAAAACACAGCUUCUGGACAGAAGUUUACCCGGGUACCAAGCUGUUCUACCUUUCUGGAAUAGUGCAUGGAGAAUAUCAAAACCAAGAAAUGCACAAUCUGGGCCAUUUUAUUACAGUUAUGAAGUUUAGGCCUCUCACAUGGCAAACUUCUCACCCUUAUAUCCUGGCAGACAGGAUGGAAGAUUUGACAAACCCAGAGGAUAUCCGAACAAACAUGAAAUGUGACCGUCAGGUGUCACUUUAUGGUUAUUUAAGAGGAGCACACUUGAAAAAUAAAAACCAAAUUCACGUGGCAGGACGAGGUGGGGCCCACCCAUGA